AUGGAGAGCCCGUACAUUGUCAAGCUCGUUGGCGCCAGCUGGACACGCCCCAUUGACAUUGAAGCGGUCGUCGAGUACAUGGACCUCGGCGACCUCCGUACCUACCUCGCGACCCACAUGGCGACGCAGUUUCCGUGGAGCGACAAGGCUCUCUGCGUCCAGAGUAUCGUCUUUGGCCUUGUCUACCUCCACACGUUCGACCCGCCGAUCAUCCACCGCGAUCUCAAGUCCAAGAAUAUCCUGCUCGACGCGGUCAAAGGCACCAAGCUCACCGACUUUGGCAUCUCGCGCGAGAUCGACGAGUCGAGCAUGACCAACGGCAUUGGUACGUACCAGUGGAUGGCCCCCGAGGUCAUUAGCGGGACGCGCUACUCGGCGGCCGCCGACGUUUACUCGUUUGGGGUCGUUUUGGCCGAGCUGAGUACCCACCAAGUCCCGUACUCGGAUGCAGUUCAUCCCGAGACGGGUCGCGCACUCACACAGCAGUCGAUUCUGUCGAAAGUGACAACGGGCGAGCUCCAGCCGACGUUUGAUGCGACGACGCCGAUGUAUGUCAAGGAGUGGGGCAACCGCUGCUUGGCCACAAACCCGGAUGACCGACCGACAACGCUCGAGCUGACGCUGUUUGUACGGGAACUCGUCCAGCGUAGCUCGACGGUUAGCUUGUAAAAGCCACAACGAUACAAACGCAUGGGAGGGACUCGCCUCGACAUAGACACGCUAGAGACUACACUCAUCAAUUGUCCUACAUACUCGUAACAAACAUUAGUGUACGUCGCA